CCAAAGUCAGUUAUGUCAGUUACUAUGAAGGUUGUGGUUUUCUUUUGUUUCUUUGCAUUGGCGCACGCUAGACAUCGCGGUAUAUUCGCAUUCGGUGCAUCUAAUCUUGGAGCAAAUCUUGGACAAGUGGCAGGACUUGGUUAUAGUGGCAAUAUGGGCAUUGAUUACGGCACAAAUCUGAUAAAACGUCGCCAUCGUUACGGAUGGCAAGGUUAUGCACCCGGAAACUUUGGAGGAUAUAUCGGUCUCGGCGGAUAUGGUGCAAAUUCAGCCUUCCCCGGUCAAGGGUUACCUCCCAGUGUAAAUACGGUUGCACCAAACUCACCCUACUAUCAAGGAUUCCCUGGCAAUGGGAUAUAUGCAUCAGCAGGACCUUUGGGGACCCCAGCUUAUGGAGGUUAUGGGUACGGUGGAAAUGGAUUUGACUAUGGAAAUACCUGGUAACGGAAAAAUAAAUUUAAAUAAAGCAAAUUGAUAUCACAAAAAUAACAUUUUAUACAAC